AUGCUGCAUCGAUGGUCGGUCGCGCGUGUAUGGGUGGCACAGCGUAGUAGGUCGUAUGCUACGAGUGCAAGCCACGUUCAUACUGUGGUCAUCGGUGGCGGUCAUGCUGGCGUCGAAGCUGCGGCGGCGUCAGCUCGUACAGGCGCCUCCACAGUACUGCUCACGACGUCGGCGGCCACGAUAGGCGAGAUGAGCUGCAAUCCCAGCAUCGGCGGGAUUGGCAAAGGGACACUGACACGCGAACUCGAUGCUCUGGGUGGUUUGGGCGGCCUUGCGGCCGAUCAUGCAGCGAUCCAAUUCCGUAUGCUCAAUCGAUCCAAAGGUCCUGCAGUGCAUGGACCACGUGCACAGAUGGACAGGUAUUUGUACAAGACACGCAUCCAGUCCAUGCUGCGUGAGCAGCCACACCUGAUGAUUCGCGAGGCCCAUGUCCAUGGCCUCGCGUUGGCCUGGUGCGACUCGCCGCAGGAGGGGCGUGUGGCGCAUGUCACAGGUGUCUUACUACAAUCGGGCGAAAUGAUUCCAUGCGACCAGGUCGUACUAUGUACGGGCACUUUUCUCUCCGCUACUAUCCUUUCUGGACUAACACGACGGCCGGCAGGGCGUAUGUUGCCUAUGCCUCACAAUGGCGAUGAGCCCAGCUCCGAAGGGCUUAGUAUGUCGUUGGCACGUGCUGGCUUCCGCCUGGGACGCCUGAAAACAGGGACGCCGCCACGUAUUGAUGCUACCUCGGUCGAUCUUGGCGCACAGAGUCCCAACGAUACCCAGCCUCGCUCAUCACGGUCGCCGGCAUUGUCGGUGAUUGCAGGCGACGACACACCUGUGGCAUUCUCCUUUCUUCACCCAGACGGUCCACCGAUCGACCCACAAGCACAGUUGUACUGUUAUGGAACGCGAACGACACCUGAGACGCAUGCCAUUGUGCAAGAGCAGAUCCACGGUGACGAGUACGAAAUGACGAAGUACACCGGCCCACGGUACUGCCCUUCGCUCGAAGUCAAAGUCCUCCGCUUUGCUCACAAGACCUCGCACCCUGUAUGGCUCGAGCCAGAAGGCUUUCCUUCCAAUCCUCAAGGUGAUGGCCAAGUGUUGUACCCGAACGGCCUCUCCUGUUCGCUUCCGCCGGCCUCCCAAGAGGCUAUGAUUCGUACGAUCCCCGGCCUGGAAAAGGCUCGGAUGCUGCGUCCAGGAUAUGCAGUCGAGUACGAUCACAUUGAUCCACGAGAAUUGCUGCCUACGCUGGAAACGCGGCGCAUCGGUGGCCUGGCUAUGGCAGGUCAGAUUAAUGGGACCACAGGCUACGAAGAAGCUGCAGCGCAAGGCAUCUUGGCGGGCCUCAACGCUGGUCUGCGUGCACAGCGCCGUGAGGAGCUGCACCUGGCUCGCAGCGAUGCCUUCCUCGGUGUUAUGCUAGAUGAUUUGCGUCUUCAAGGUGUGCUUGAGCCGUAUCGAAUAUUUACGUCUCGCUCCGAGUAUCGUUUGUCCAUCCGCGCUGAUAAUGCGGAUCUUCGAUUGACGCCGCGCCUCAUGGCAGUGUGUCCGCAAGCCGUUUCGUCCGCUCGCGUUACCGAAUUGACACGUGUCCAGGCCGACCUGGCGUACGGUAUGGAGAUUCUCUCACGCACUGUCAUGACCUCUCGUGCAUGGGCCCAGCGUGGUCUCGCAGCCGCAGCAGAGGAUGUACGGCCUGUGCGUGCUUUGGAUAUGCUACGUCGACCCAAGGUCUCUAUCGCGGAUGUAUUGCCGUACGUGCCUGACUUGCAUGCGCUGCCUCCACGUACUUUGGAACGGCUAGGAAUCCAAGCAUCAUACAUGGCCCUUUUGGAGCGUCAGGCACAGGAUAUCGAGGCCUUUGAACGAGACGAAGCCUUGACGUUGCCCCCCUUGGACUACCACACUCUUGCUGGACUGAGCGAUGAAAUGAAGGAAAGGCUUACCGAUAUCCGUCCACGUACGCUAGGUGAAGCGAAACGUAUCGUUGGAUUCACACCAGCCUGCUAUGCCAUUCUUUGGCGGCAGGCGACCCUCGCCGUUUCGACACAGCGUUCGUAG